AUGAAAAACAGAUGUUCACCAAAGACAUUACUAUCUAUAAUCCUUGGGAUGAGCAAAGAACAAAAAGAAUCUGUAAGAUCUAUGGGUUUUGGAGCUUUGUUAAAAAUGAAAAUCACAGAUAUACCACUGAAACUGGGAUUUUAUGUUCUUCAAAAUUUUGAUUAUGAGAGAAUGGUGAUAGAUAUUGAAGGAAAGGAACUGAAAGUAACAUCAGGGUUUGUUCAUGACAUGUUGGGCAUACCAAUUGGUAGAACCAAACUUACACAACUGGAUCAAUGGCCUAAGGAUGAUACAAGUUAUGAUGAAUGGAAGCAACAAUUUAAAAAAGAUUCAAUCAUCCGACUGAGUGCAAUCAAAAAUGUUAUUGUUUCUACCAUACAAGUUGAUCUUAAUUUCAAAUUGAACUUCUUAGUUCUUUUUGUCAACAUGCUUUGCAAGUCAACAUCAAUGGGAAGAUGCAACCUGUUUCCCUUGAGUUAUAUUUCAAGAAAAACAUAUAUCAGCAACAUAGGCUGGUGCAACAAUGUUUUGGAUUGUCUUGUCAGAACAAAAAACUCCUACAUACCAUACUCAGAUACCAGCUUCUUUGUUGGACCUUCAGCUUUCUUGGUGUUGUUCUAUGCUGAUAACAUCCACUCAGAAGCUUUAACAAUAACACGUAAACGUCCAACAAUUUAUUAUUGGAGUUUAGAGAAGAUUAGAUACCGAGAGACAUUUGAACAAGAAAAAGGUAGAUUUGGACUUGGAGAAUUAAACGAAGAAUUUGUUAAUAAACAAGAUGAAGGAGAUACAGAUCUCGAAGAAAGUGAUUUUGAUAAAGAUGAAGAUCAUUUUGUUGAAGCAUAUGAAUCAAAAAUAUCUAAAAUGCUUAAUAGUUUCGAGAGGAUGAAGAAAAAGCUGAAUUCAAAGCUCAAUGAUGCGAUAACAAAGUUCCCUGAAAAGGAAAGUUUUAGGAUUUUAGAAGAAAAGAUGACAAAUAUAAUUGGUGAAGAAAAAACAGAAGGCACAACUAAUUUUGAAUUUCCAAGAAAUCAUGAAGAAGGAAAUGAUAAUGAUGGAAGUCAACUGGAAGUGGAUUACUUGCUUGAUUCAAAUGAAGCAGAGAAUGAAGGAAUAAAGAAUGAUGGAGAUAAGAAUCAAAAAGAAGGUGAAACUGAAGUAAAAGGGAAAGAUGGAAAGAACAAUGAAAAUGAUAAUGAUGAAGAGAAAAAAGAUGAUGAUGCUGAAGAAACAAAUAAUCAUGAAGAGACUAUUCAACAAACUGAAAAUGAAAAUUUGUUGGAUAAAGUUGUUGACAACAUUGUGGACAAUAUCCUUGGAAUUCAAAUUUCAAGUUUAAAUAGUCAAGAAGAUGAAAUCUGGAAUGACCCUGAAAUGAAAACUAUUUUGGAUAAUAUUGAUAUAGGGUCACCAAUGAGUACAGGUAAAACUAAUACUCUUGCAGAAAAGGAAAAAUCAGAAGGUGUACGUGAACAAGGAACAAAAGUUGAGAUGAUAUAGGGAUAUAUUUCAGGCAAGGAAAACUCUGAAGAUAAAAAUAAAGGAGGAACAGAAGCUAAGAACAUGAAAGAUGGAG